AUGAAGAUGAAGAUGUCCUUCAGCCUCCUCCUGGCCGUGCUGGUGACCACCUGCCUGUGCCGGCCUGCGUCUGAGGCACAGGCAGCAGCGGGGGCCCCCCGCCAGCACCCCUCCAGCUUGGUCCGACGUGAGUGGCCCCAGGUCCUGUCCCAGAAGCAGCGGUUCCAGCCCCACAUCUUCACAGCAGAGCUGGGUGACCACAAGGGCUACGGAGACGAGGGGACAGAGGUGCUCUAUGACCACUACUACCCUGCCUGGAUGGACUUCGGCCGCCGCAGCACUGAGGACGCUGAGGAUGCUGCAUAG